AUGGCAGUCACCGCAACCGAACCACGUCAGAAAAUACAACCCAAAGAGGAAACCGGCAUCGAGGGCCGGGAUUUUGACCCUGCCGAAGUAGCGUACGUUCCAACCACGGGAGUUCGCAAAUUAUUCGAAACACCUCUUGUCUCAGCGACGCCUGAGAGCAUCAAGGGUUAUGGGGAGAUUGUCAAUGUGCAAAGCAUCGCAUCGAGAUCGUACGGCGGAGUGACUGAGGGGCUGUUUGAGUUCUGGUGGAAAGGCGACACUCUCUAUGCGCGCAACAACGCUGUUGGCGGCAGCUAUCUUUUUGCCUGGAGCCAGUAUCCUGAAGAGGCUGCCACCACUGGACCAGCGCGACCUCGUGAAAGAGCGAUGAUCUGGCGCGCGAACUACCACCCGGACGGGGGUCAGUUAUUUUAUCCGAUGGAUGGGCAGAGUUUCGUGGUUCCACUCGCCCUGCCAGGCGACGACGUAACGCCCGAAAAGUUCGUCGCGUUUCGAUGCGACGGCGGCAAAGGAUUGUAUAUCCAUCCAAAUAUCUGGCACGGGGCCGUUGUGCCUGUCGAGGACCAUGCGCGUUUCAUCGAUCGACAAGGCCGUGUGCAUGCCCGUGUAUCUGUGGAUUUUGCCAAGGAGUUCGGGGGAUACCUGUCUGUGCCUUUGCGGUCUGUCGUGCAGUGA